UAUAUAUAUAGAGAGAGAGAGAGAGAGAGAGAAAGAUAGAGAGAAUGCAGUUAUCAAUUGCAUGCAGUCAUCAUGUACAUGGACUUGCCCCAGUGCACUCACACACCAACCUUGCCCAAACAACCAUUCCACUCAAACGUGCCUUCUCUGUUUUGACUCAAACCAAAUCAAAUUCUAGGAUCACACUCACAUGCAAUUCCCAACCUCAACCACUGCUAAACCUUUGCACACCAAAACCACCAACAAGAAUCUUCAGUUCCAACGUUCGGUGUGGCAUUUCUUCCAACAUGUAUGGUGGAAACGAGGUUAGGAGUGUCCGAGAGUGGCUUGUGCUGGCUGGUGAGUUUCUCUCAAUGGCAUUUCCAUUGUGGGUCUCAAUUGGGUGCGUAUUGGGGUUGAUGAAACCAAAUUGCUUCAAUUGGGUCACUCCCAAAGUGACAAUUAGGGGCCUCAACAUCAUCAUGCUUGGAAUGGGUAUGACCUUAACUCUUGAUGAUCUUCGUGGGGCUCUUGCCAUGCCUAAGCAAGUUCUCUAUGGUUUUGUACUUCAGUAUUCGGUGAUGCCACUGUCUGGAUUUCUCAUAAGCACACUCUUAAAUAUUGCACCACAUUUUGCAGCAGGUUUAAUAUUAAUUGGGUGCAGUCCAGGAGGCACAGCUAGUAACAUUAUAACAUAUCUUUCACGUGGAAAUGUGGCGCUAUCUGUAAUAAUGACAACUGCAAGUACCCUAACUGCCACGAUCAUGACUCCUUUUCUGACAGCAACACUUGCUGGUAAAUAUGUAGCAGUGGACGCGUCUGGCUUAUUGAUUUCAACACUGCAAGUUGUGCUUUUUCCUGUGUUGGCUGGUGCAUUUCUGAACCAGUUUUUCAAACCUUUUGUUAAACUUGUCUCUCCAUUGAUGCCACCCAUUGCAGUAACAACUGUGGCAAUUUUGUGUGGAAACUCUAUUGCCCAGAGUUCUUCAGCAAUCCUUGUGUGUGGUGGACAAGUGAUUUUAGCUACCUUUCUUCUCCAUGCUUCUGGGUUUUUCUUUGGUUACAUAUUUGGAAGAUUGCUUGGGUUAGAUGUGUCAUCAUCGCGAACCAUAUCCACUCAGGUUGGCAUGAAGAACUCAGUUCUCGGGAUUGUUCUGGCUACAAAGCACUUUGGAGAUCCCCUAACUGCCGUACCUGGUGCUGUUUCAAUUGUGUUUCAGUCAAUUAUUGGUAGUAUCCUUGCAGGAAUAUGGAGAGAUUCUAUGCCUGUGUUUAAUUAAAGAGUGAAAAUAUCUAUAAUCUACCUGGAUUAGCUUUUGCUAAUAAUUAACCAGAAAGGAAAAUGAUGGGCAGAAAUUAGCCAUAUAUAUGCCACUUAGACAUUUAUAUAUCGAAAUAAAGAGAGAAGUAUAACCAUGAGGGAUGAUAUGAUGCGAUAAAAAAAUAGAGAUAUUAAUUAUCAGUGUUAUCAAGUGUUUGUAGUAGCGGAGAUAUUCACUAUCAUUAUUCAACCAGAAAAUGUAUCGUGAUAUUUUGUAAUUUAUAAUUUAUAUAUUAUUAUCAAUAAUAUUACAUCUGGUUGCUAUUAUUUACA